GGGCUUACCGGCUCCCCUCUGAUUGGUUGGCUGAAGCGCUUCUCUCUUCCUCAUCGUUGAACCCGAAUAGCUGAUUCUGAUUCUGUGCCUUAUCAACGGCGCUUUCGCUGCAUGAUGACAACUCUCGCAGAGACAAAGGAACUGUUCAGGAGAGCAGAUGCUGUCUGUUUUGAUGUGGACAGCACAGUCAUCAAAGAGGAGGGCAUCGAUGAACUUGCCAAAUUCUGUGGUGUGGGGGAUGCGGUCCGAGAGAUGACUUGCAAAGCCAUGGGUGGCUCGAUGACAUUUAAGAAGGCCCUGACUGAGCGUCUUUCUAUCAUUCGAUGCUCCAGAGAACAAGUAAAUAAACUGAUAACAGACCAUCCACCUCAGCUGACUCCAGGAAUCAGGGAGCUUGUGGAGCGUCUGCAUGAGCGCAACAUCAAGGUGUUCCUCAUCUCAGGCGGCUUCCGCUGCAUUGUUGAACACGUGGCCGCUCAGCUAAACAUUCCCCUGCAUCACGUCUACGCGAACCGGCUCAAGUUCUACUUCAACGGAGAGUAUGCUGGUUUCGAUGAGACUCAGCCCACAUCUGAAACUGGUGGCAAAGGAAAAGUGAUCAACAUGCUGAAGGAGCAACAUGGAUUCAAGACUAUGGUGAUGGUCGGAGAUGGAGCCACUGAUCUGGAGGCUUGCCCUCCAGCUAGUGCCUUCAUUGGAUUUGGCGGCAAUGUCGUCAGGCCCCAGGUCAAGGAGAGAUCUACAUGGUACGUGACAAGCUUCGGGGAGCUACUAAAGGAACUGGAGAAGAUUUAAAAAGAUGCUAAAAUAUUCCCUUUACUAAUUUAACAUUUUAUAUUUGCACCCAAAGGUGUGCUACCCAUGGUCUUAUCCAUCACACACUUUUCCUUAGGCUCUUAAUAGAUUUUUAUAAUGAAUGGAAAUGUUUACAGUUGUCAAAAUUGACCUAAAUAACAAUGUUGUCCUAUUGACUUUUAUACUAGAUUAUACUAAAAAAUAACCAAACACUGUGCGGAAGUUAAGAUUGUAGUGUUUCUUGUUUUUUUUCCCCCCCCACUUUUUACAUCAAAAAGUUAACUCCUUCACGUCUUAUCAUGUGAGGUGAGUGACAGGAAUAUCUCAGAAAUGUGUUCAACUUGUCAAUAACUGAAGUAAUGUCGGUCCUGUGAGAAGCAUUAAAGAUCAGAAUGUGCUGUAAAGGAUGUUUGAAUGACUUUUAUUCUGUUGGUGUCCACCCCUCAACAAUAGUUCCUGCUCAACAAAAAGACAAGCAGGGUUUCCUUUUAAAAACAAAUGUUACAGUACAGAGCAGAAGGACGUUUCCACGGCAUCAUACAUUUGUUUUGCCCUUUUUAAAACACAGAUUAAAAACAGAUUUUAAAACCAGGCAUGCUGUCGUCACGAGAAAAAAGGUGGAAGCCAUAGGUACAAACACAGCACCAUAAAACAUUACUAGUUUGAUGGAGAACAGAAGAACAUCCAGGAAAAGCAACUCUGGAGUUAAUUAUAAAUUUGUGUCUGUAAUAAAUAUAAAAUUAAGCCGUAUGCAGAGUACACCGUUGAAUACUUCAUCAUAUUGUGUUGGUGACAGUACAGUAACUUUCUUAUUUCUAUCAGCAAUAGCAUGGUUUAUACCAGACUGACUUCCUCAGCAUAUUCUAAAAUGUGUUCUCUAAACUUACAUCGAAUAAAAUAA